AUGGGCAUCAGUGAAGAAUUGGAUCUCAUGCCCAAAGGCACCAGUUUGCACAAGGAAUUCUCCUUUACCCUUGAGAAUGCGGGCCCCAACAAUCGAACGGUGGAAAUUCAAAAACUUUCUCAACGACCACCACUGUUUCUGCUCAAAGGUAUCUUGACUCCCCAAGAAUGCGAAGUCUUGAUGGAUUGUGCCCUUCACAACAAUGGAGAACCCCUCCAAGUCGCCAAGACCCGCAAUAAGGGUGGCACCAACUUCACAGACUACAGAGUUGGUUCGCAAAUGACAUGGAUUCCCAAUUACACCAUGCAGGGAUUGAAAGACCUAGCACGACAAGUCCAUGCUACCUUUUUGCCCCAUGAACCCUGCUUUCAUCCCAGGGAAUCAGUUGAAGAUUUGCAAGUCGUUCAUUAUGACCCGGAUGGUCGCUACAAUCUACAUCACGAUGCCACACUCCGCAUCUUGACGGUGCUCUAUUAUCUGAAUGGCGUCAGUGACACCUGGUUCCCCUGUGCGGAUGCGCCGGAGGGACGGUUUGUGAAGCGACAAGGGGCGAUUGACUUUGCCAAUUAUUCAGCUACCAGCAAUACUAGUCAUAGUGGAGUCGUGGCCAGCCAAGUGCAACCGGGAGAUGCCAUUGCCUUCUACAAUUACUUUCAAGAUGCCACCAUUGAAUGGAAUGCCAUUCAUGCUGGAUUACCAGCAACAUCCGACAAGUGGAUUGCGACCCAUUGGUAUCAUCAUGUGGCGCCACGUCAAUGUACUAAUGAAAAUAGUUAAGUAUGAUUAGCAGGGCUGACAGCAGUGCAACAUUUGGCAAAAAGGAAUCGGUUCCAAAAACAAGUCCAUUUUAUGGCCUUCGGGGGUAGCCUAGAAACCGUGCAACAUAGACUCGACUCAUCUAAGCUCUAAAAAUCGACAAGGAAUGGAAACUGAUAAUACCGGUAGUACUGUUCUGCUCAACUGCCCGGCCUGUAUAGCUAGUCGAACUACUUGACCCAGCGUAGUACGAUAUCCAUACAUGCCCGGCCGCCAAUCAGAGGUCCACAAAUAGUCAUUGUAGGGCAUAGAGAAUAGGGAAUGAUCGAUGGUUCAAAUAUCCGAGUCAAGACCCAUUCAUUCCUU